AUGGUGAAACCAAUGAUGAGAGUUCUUCUCACGCCCCUCUUCAUCUUCUUCUCCCUCUCCCUAGCAACUGCAGCAACAUACGAUGUGGUCACACUGGGAGCCAUAGGAGAUGGAACAUCUGACUCGACCAACUCCUUCCUCAGCGCCUGGCGCGCAGCUUGUGACUCGGUAUGCCCGGCCACAAUCUACGUUCCGCCAGGGCAAUACUUGGUCGGAAAAACUGUAUUCAGCGGCGUGUGUAAAAGCAGCGCCAUCGACAUUCAUAUCAACGGCACCCUCUUGGCUCCUGCUGAUUAUCGCGUUAUCAGUAGUUUGGAUAACUGGCUUGUGUUUGAGCGUGUAACCGGUGUUUCAAUUUACGGUGGUGGGACUCUUAAUGGUCAAGGAACUGGUUUGUGGGCUUGUAAAGCCUCCGGACAGAGUUGCCCUAUGGGAGCUACGACGCUAGAAUUCACCAAUUCUAACAACAUAUCGAUUAGCGGAAUAACAUUAGUAAAUAGUCAGAUGUUUCACAUUGUUAUCGACAGCUGCAACAAUGUCAAGGUGCUAGGAGUGACGGUACAGGCCUCCGGCAAUAGCCCUAACACAGACGGCAUUCACAUUGCUUCGUCAUCCGAGGUCACGAUUAUGAACUCCAAUAUCGCUACUGGUGAUGAUUGCAUCUCGAUCGGUCCAGGCACUACCAAUUUGUGGAUUGAACAGAUCAAUUGCGGCCCUGGACAUGGUAUUAGCAUCGGGAGUCUAGGAUGGGCCCUGGAAGAAAGUGGCGUUCGCAAUGUGACGGUUAAAACGGUUACGUUCACGGGUACACAGAACGGGGUGAGAAUAAAGACUUGGGCCAAACCCAGCAAUGGAUUUGUUAACGGUGUCCUCUUCCAGCACAUCACCAUGGUCAAUGCCGCUAAUCCCAUCGUUAUCCAACAAAAUUACUGCCCGGGAGGCCACGAUUGCCCUAAUCAAGUUUCAGGUGUGAAGAUUAGCAACGUCACGUAUCAGGACAUUCACGGGUCAUCAGCGACACAAGUCGCAAUGAAAUUCGAUUGCAGUAAUGAACAGCCAUGCAGCGGGAUAAUAUUGGAAGAUAUAAAUCUUGAGGGCUCGAAUCUACCAGCAAAAUCUUCUUGUGUUAAUGCUGCAGGAAGCAAUUUGGGUGUAGUAGUGCCCCCAAGCUGCUUGUAG